GGGAAACUCUCCUCCAAUGGCUGCCAGGUUGAUGCCUACUGGGCCGACAAUGGGGAGGUGGACGAGAGAAAGCCUCAGAUACAAGAGAAAGCAGAGAGGAUCAAAUCGGUCAGAGAGAAAAGCGGAUGGGACGGGAUUUAUUUUGGUGGAACCGCUUUCAAAUGCCAGCGCCAUGUACAAGAUGAGCUAGUUGAGCGAGCAGCAUCAAUAGCAAUUAGAUACAUGGACGUCGUAACCACAUCUGGACAGGCAACUGGAGUAUCUGCAAGCAUAGAAAAGAUUAAAAGAAUGAAUGCUGGCUGUAAAGGAAAGGCUCUUGCUCUUGCCUCCGGAGUAACGCCCGAGAAUGUUCUUGAUUAUGCUCCAUAUGUAGAUGCUGUUCUUGUUGCUACUGGUAUCUCCAUUGACUUUCAUAACAUUGAUCCACUAAAGCUACGGCAGCUGAUAGCUAUUACACGUUCCCACUCUCUUUCUCCAUCCCUUACUAUUACAACUCCAAAAACAGCUUGGUACUUAUCAAAAAUUGCUCCUAACACCAAAGGAGAUAAAUUUGCAUGGCUUGACCCGACUAGCAUCUAUAUCGACUCUCACGCUUUCUCUGAUCUAACAACUGAUCUCGUCUCACAGUUUAACGCAGCUGAUAUCGAUCUUGUUGCUGGCAUUGAUGCAAUGGGUUUCCCACUAGCUGGUUCCAUUGCUAACAGGCUUGGUAAAGGUCUACUAGUCAUCAGAAAAGCUUCAAAACUUUGCGUCGAGGUCGACUCUGUAACAUACUCCUGCUACGCCGGGUCUGGGAAAGUCAUGGAAAUGAGGAAGGGAGCGUUUCCUGCCAGUACAAGGAUACUAUUGGUAGAUCAAUGGAUUGAGACUGGAGGGACAAUGUUGGGUGGUAUACAACUAGUGGAGGGACAAGGAGGAGUGAUAGCAGGACUCGCUACCAUUUGUGUUGAGACUAACGAAUUAACAAAUGAGCUACGUAGCAAGUAUAAACUAGCUCACGUAGUGCCUGAGGAUAUGCAGCAAUUGUUUGAUGAGCACAAGUUCCUUGGGGAAGACUACAAGUGAAGUGAAGGAGAAAGAGAUACAGAAGAGUGAUUAUUAUAUUGUCUGUCCAGUAUCAGUAAUUUUUGUUUUCAAAUGUCAGAGUUUUAAAAGUCAA